AACACACGAAAAAGUAAAGUUAUAAUCUGUUCGUACAAGAGUUACCCGUAAGUAAGAUGUCUGAAGAUGGGAGUAAUGUGGAGCCUGAAGGAUUCACUAGAUCUGAGUCACUGGAGGAGCCUGAAUUUAUUGAUGAAAUAUCAGAUACCUCGAAUGAAACCUCACCUCACUCUGGAAAUACAGAUUUCAACCAGAUUUAUGAAUCAAAUUCUUCAGAGAACACAGAACAGCCAUCAGCUUCCUCCACAAGCCAGCUUGAUGGAAAUGAAGAGACAAACAUAGAAAUUCCAUUUUCGGACACUAACAUAGAAGAGGUCAUCCCACUGUCAAGCUCAGAAAGUCCGCAGAGCUCUGAGUCAUCAGAGACUAACAAGACUGAAGAAUAUCGCCCAGUCAAAUUCCCAAUUGGGAGGAAAUUUAGAGGACGAACCUUUAAUGGACACCACAAAGGAUUUGACAUGGAGUCUGAUACCUUUACAGUUCAUCUUGAUGCCAAGGGUUUACAAGAAUUCCCUGUAGACAUUGUUAGAGUCAAAUAUGUAAAAUAUUUAUAUUUAGAUAAGAAUCAAAUAAAAACUUUUCAAGGGGUAGAUCCAGGUGACCUGCUAGGACUUGAAACUCUGUCCUUGCGAGAAAAUGGAUUGUCAUCGAUUCCCCAGGAAAUUCAGUUGUUUCACAAUUUAAAGGUACUAAAUGCCAGUUACAACGAGAUAUCACAUAUCCCUAAAGAACUAUUACAACUGGGAAAUAUGAGGCAACUCUUCUUAAAUAGUAAUCAUAUUGAAUCUUUACCUUCUGGCUUAGAAAAUCUUAGAUAUUUGGAAACUUUAAGUUUGGGUAAAAAUAGGUUAACACAUAUACCAGACUCUUUGUGUGGUUUGAAAAAUUUGAAAACUCUCAAUCUGGAAUAUAACCAAUUAACAAUAUUUUCUAAAACGCUAUGCUUCCUUCCAAAACUCGUUUCCCUAAACCUUACUGGAAACAUGAUAGGCAGUUUGCCAAAAGAAGUUAGGGAACUGAAAAAUUUAGAAAACCUUUUAAUGAAUCACAAUAAACUUACUUUUUUGGCUGUGGAGAUAUUUCAGUUGCUCAAAAUAAAAGAACUUCAUCUAGCUGACAAUAAAUUGGAAGUCAUUUCACCCAAAAUUGAGAAUUUCAAGGACCUCAGGCUGCUCAACCUUGAUAACAAUUUAUUGCAAAGCUUACCAAAGAAAAUUUCCCACUGCGUAAACUUGGAAUCUCUUACUCUCAGUGAUAAUAAUUUAGAAGAACUUCCUAAGAAAAUCCGAAAGCUUAAAAAUUUGAGACAACUCCAUGCAAACAGAAAUAAAAUGAUAAAAAUGGCUGAAGAAAUCUCACAUCUUAGCAAGAUACACAGCCUAGAGUUUUCAGGCAAUCAAAUCACACAUGUCCCUAUCGAAAUAAAAAACUGCAGAGAAAUAACAAGAGUUGAAUUGAAUUAUAACAACAUAAUGUAUUUCCCAGUGGGGUUGUGUGCCUUACAGUCACUUGACUACUUGAGUUUUAAUGGAAAUUAUAUUUCAGAAAUCCCUGUGGAUUUGUCAUUCAGUAAGCAGCUGCUUCAUUUAGAGUUGAAUAAAAACAAGAUCACCAUAUUUUCAGAACAUUUAUGUUCUCUCACUAAACUUGAAUACCUGGAUCUUGCUAAAAAUCAAAUAAGGAAAAUUCCUCACUGUAUCUCUGCUAUGUUAUCACUCCAUGUUCUUAUUCUGUCUGAUAAUAAGUUCGAGAUUUUCCCAAAGGAACUGUGUUCUUUAAAAAACUUGCAACUGCUUGAUAUUUCAGAAAAUCAAUUACAUAAGAUACCUUCAGAAAUAUCCAAACUGAAAAAGAUCCAGAAGUUAAACUUGUCAAACAAUAAUUUCACACAUUUUCCUGCUGAACUGUGCCAACUUCAAACCCUGGAGGACCUGAAUAUAAGUCAGAUAAGUGGGAAAAAGUUAACAAGACUUCCAGAAGAGGUGUCUCGUAUGACUCAACUCAAAGCCCUCAAUAUUUUCAACAAUGCAAUCAAAGAGAUUCCAAGAAAUAUAGGGGAGCUGAGAAAUCUCAUUACUUUUCAUGCAAGCAACAAUCUAAUAAAUUCUCUUCCAUCGUCCUUUCUGUCUUUAAACGUUCUACAGAGCCUAGAUCUCGGAGGAAACAAUCUGACAGAUUUGCCCAGUGCUAUCUACAAACUUUCAUCUCUGAAAGAGAUAAAUUUUGAUGACAAUCCUUUGCUGAGACCUCCAAUGGAAAUCUGUAAAGGAAAACAGAUGCAUACAAUCACUUGCUAUCUCGAGAGAGCAGAUGACAGAGACGAGAAAAUCUUAGAGAAGAUAUUCCACAUAGUUGCCAACAAUAUCACUGAAAUAAAAUUUGAAUUUUUGCAACAAAAACUACACAUGGCAAGGUCAGAAAACAGCGUCCCUGUAAAGACCACUACUCCAUUAAAUGAAGGAAUCUACCAGACAUUACUUAAGUGGAAAACAGAGAAGAGGGAAUCAUUCACAGCUAUUGCCUUAAAAGACCAACUUUUUCGGGCACUAAAUAUGAUAGGUGCCUAUGAUAUAAUGGACAAGAUCACAGCGUUGAACCUUUAUACAAGCGCCAUCAAACUGUAGCGUAAGGGAUCUGAAAUA